GAGAGAGAGAGAAGUGAAGAGCGAGAGAGAGAGAGAGAGAGAGAGAGAGAGAGAGAGAGAGAGCUAUGUCGGUGUUGAUGGUAACAAGCGUGGGCGACAUCGUCGUCGACCUCCACACGGAUCGGUGCCCUCUCACAACCAAAAACUUCCUCAAGCUCUGCAAGAUGAAGUAUUAUAAUGGUUGCCUCUUCCACAAGGUGGAGAAGGAUUUUUUGGCGCAAACCGGAGACCCGACGGGGACCGGAACCGGUGGCGAUUCAAUCUACAAGUUCUUGUACGGCGAGCAGGCGCGGUUUUUCGACGACGAAAUCCGUCCCGAGUUGAAGCACUCGAAAACUGGGACGGUCGCAAUGGCGAGCGCCGGCGAGAAUUGCAAUGCUUCUCAGUUCUACUUCACCCUGAGAGACGACCUCGACUAUCUUGACGGAAAACACACAGUGUUUGGGACUGUUGAAGAAAAAGAAGGCUUGGAAACCUUGGCAAAGAUAAAUGAUACCUACGUUGAUGAUAAAGGAAGACCAUUUAAGGACAUCCGAAUCAAACAUACCUACAUUUUGGAUGAUCCUUUUGAUGAUCCGCCUCAGCUUGCUGAAUUUAUUCCUGAGAACUCCCCUGAGGGCAAACCACGUGAUGAGGUAGCAGAAGAGCGAUUAGAGGAUAACUGGGUCCCGUUGGAUGAGACGUUAGGUGCAACUGAGCUUGAGGAGAAGCUUCGUUCUAAAGAGGCUCAUACUAAUGCAGCUAUUCUUGAGAGUAUAGGUGAUAUUCCAGAUGCUGAUAUGAAGCCGCCGGACAAUGUCUUAUUUGUUUGUAAACUCAACCCAGUUACACAAGAUGAAGAUUUGUAUACAAUCUUUUCUCGUUUUGGAAAUGUCACAUCAGCUGAAAUAAUUCGUGAUUACAAGACUGGAGAUAGCUUAUGCUAUGCUUUUAUUGAAUUUGAGACACAGGAGGCCUGUGAACGGGCAUAUUUCAAGAUGGACAACACUUUGAUUGAUGACCGAAGGAUACAUGUAGAUUUCAGUCAGAGUGUUGCGAAACUUUGGGGCCAAUAUAGACACGGCAAAAGAAGCAAUGGAAGUAAAGAGGGAUGCUUCAAAUGUGGGGCAACUGAUCACAUUGCCAAGGACUGUGACCAGGGCCCAGAUAGCAAAUCUGGGGUUCCAAAAUAUGUUCUCAAAGAUGACAACACUCAGCGUGGAGGAGACGAUCGGCGAAGGUAUGAUAUGGUAUUCGACGAGGAUAACAUGGAUGACAUCGAUGGCAAAGAACGCGAAAGACAAGAUCAAAUGAAGAAGAGAAAAACAGAGAGAGGUUCGCUUGGCGGUCAUGAGCAUAAACGUGAUAAAGAUGAUGAGAGGGGUCGAGGAAGUAGGAGGCAUGAUGAUAGCCAACAUGAGAAAUAUGAAGACCGAGAGCGGCGAAGAUACCAUGAAAGUAGUAGAGACAGAGGCGAUGAUAGAGAUUACAGGAGGAGAUCAGAUAAUAGUCGAAGUGAGAAGGAUGCAUCAGACAGUGAUCGACAUAGGAGAGACGAGGGAGAUCAUAGAAAGAGUGACCGGCACAGGAGAGACGAGGGCGACUAUAGAAAGAGAAGCGGGGAUGGCGAUAAGUAUAAGAGAGAUGAUGGGUACCACCAUGAAAGGAGAAGUAGAGAUGUUGAUGACAAGUCCUACAGGCAAAGAAGGCACAUGGAUAGAAGAUAAUGUAACUCAUGAAAGGUGUGUAAUACUGAGCUUGUUUUGUAGCCUUGUAGUUUUUGUGUACACUCUCCCAUGAUUUGUUUUCUAGCGAAUGAGAUGAUUGAGAAUUUUUGCAACUAAUUCAGUUAAUCUGAAUGUAAGACGAAGUGAAAUUUCGUGCAGAAUUUGUUUUCCUUUCA